UUUAAUCAAGGGUAUUAAUAUUUUCCUUUUUUUACUGUUAAUUACAUGAAUAAUACAAAAUUAGGAAUGCAGAGAUCCAGUUCUAAUCAUAAGCUUCAAUACCCAUCUUCUGAUAACUUCAUUGAAUCCAGUUUUAAUAAUAAAUGGCUUCAAUCAGCUGGUCUGCAUAAUCUUUAUUCCUCAAACCCUAAUUUACCCCCACUUCAGGAUUUUGGGUUUUAUGGGAAUAGUAAUGAUAUUGAGGGUCCGAGAACAAAUAGGAAUAUGCAGAGAGGGAAUGCAGAUACAUUUACUCCUUCGCUUUGUUCUCGUUCGUCGAGCUUUACUAAGUAUGGUAAUGUGGAGCAAGUUUCGCCUAGUGACUUUAGCCCCGGGUUACUUGAUCUUCAUUCUUUCGAUACCGAGCUGCUAACUGAGGUUCAUAGUGAAAACAAUUUGAACUUGCUAAACCAGCCUUUGUAUGGUGAAGGUUUUGAUGAUGUCAAUGCUUAUUCUUUGACCAACAAGUUUGCUAAUAUAUCUUGUGGUCCAACCGAAUACAAUGCUGUAAAGGGGUCAUUGGCAGAUAAAGAGAAGGCUAGCAAUGUUGCUAAGAUUAAAGUUGUGGUACGUAAAAGACCACUUAAUAAAAAGGAACUUGCGAAAAGGGAGGAAGAUAUUAUCAGCAUUGACUCUAAUACCAGUUCACUCACUGUUCAUGAAUCGAAAGUUAAGGUUGACCUGACUGAAUACGUCGAGAAACAUGGAUUUGUUUUUGAUGCCGUGAUGAAUGAAGAUGUCACAAAUGAUGAAAUAUACUCACAAACUGUGGAGCCCAUCAUCCCAAUUAUCUUCCAACGAACAAAAGCAACCUGCUUUGCUUAUGGGCAAACAGGCAGCGGGAAGACCUAUACAAUGCAGCCAUUACCUCUAAGAGCUUCUCAAGAUAUAUUGAGACUUAUGUUCCACAACUAUCGAAACCAAGGAUUUCAGUUGUUUGUCAGUUUCUUUGAAAUUUAUGGUGGGAAAGUUUUUGAUCUUCUUAAUGAUAGAAAGAAGCUUUGCAUGAGGGAGGAUGGAAAACAACAAGUUUGCAUUGUGGGCUUGCAGGAGUACAUAGUUUCAAAAGUGGAAACAGUGAAGGAACUAAUCGAAAGAGGUAAUGCAACUAGAAGUACUGGCACAACAGGUGCAAAUGAAGAAUCCUCUCGAUCACACGCUAUUCUUCAACUUGCUGUCAAGAAAUUGGUUGAUGGCAAUGAAUCCAAGCCUCCCCGUAUGGUUGGGAAACUAUCUUUCAUAGAUCUUGCUGGAAGUGAACGUGGAGCGGAUACCACUGAUAAUGAUAAGCAAACAAGGAUGGAGGGUGCUGAAAUCAAUAAAAGUUUGCUUGCUCUAAAGGAAUGUAUUAGAGCUCUUGAUAAUGACCAGGGUCAUAUUCCAUUUAGAGGGAGUAAGCUUACGGAAGUUCUUAGAGAUUCGUUUGUUGGUAACUCGCGCACUGUUAUGAUAUCAUGCAUUUCACCAAAUUCCGGAUCUUGUGAACAUACUUUAAACACACUACGAUAUGCUGACAGGGUCAAGAGUUUAUCAAAAGGAAGCAGCUCCAGAAAGGACCUAUCAUCUUCAGCAUUAAACCUUCGCAACUCGAUCCAGUUACCUGUAUCAUCAUCUUCAUCAAUAUUAACGCGUUCUGAAGAUGUUAAAAAUGAUAAAGUAACAUACGAAACUAAUAGAUUUGGAUGGCCUAAACCAACAGAUAGGAAUGUAUCAACGUCUUUAAUCAUGGAACAUCCUUCUAUUGAAAGAUCAACUGUUUAUCUUCCUUCAACAGAAAGUUACAGAAAUGAUUAUGGAGGUACAGAUGAAGAAAUUAUGGAAGAUGAUUUUGAGUAUCCCAUGGAGACCCGUGAACCAAAAAAUAUUUCAACAUUGGAGAAGCCGGCCACUCAAAUAAAACCUAUAGUUGAGGCCACUGACGAUCUCAAUGGCCUUCUAGAGGAAGAGGAAAAUCUUGUACUUGCUCAUCGGAAACAAGUGGAGGAGACUAUGGAUUUUGUUAGGGAGGAAAUGAACCUGCUGGUAGAAGUGGAUCAACCAGGAAACCAACUAGAUAAGUAUAUUACAAAGUUAAAUGUCAUUCUUUCACAAAAAGCAGCCGGGAUUCAACUAUUACAGACACAACUACGUAAGUUUCAAAAACAUCUUGAAGACUACAAUGUACUAUCAUCAUCAUCAUCUGCCAACUGAUGCAGCAUACAAGCCAAUGUUAGUGUGAGUGAUUGGUUUAUUAUGUCUUGUAUUGAACAUCGAGUGUUUCAUUAUUUUUUGUUUUCUCUCAUAUAUAUGCUUGAUGUGGGUUUCUGAGUGUGAAUUGUGUAAGGUUUGUAACUUUACAAAAAUCGAUAUGCCGUUUAUGAUUUUUAGUUGAGCUGGCAAAAUGUGUACACGAACAAAGAGUUUACACUCUACACUAGUAAACAUCUCAUCAUUUUUAGA